AUGGGCAUCAACAACCCCCUCCCCUCGUCUCUGGCGUCGGAAUGCAAAAAGUGCGGCAAGAUUCUCACCUCCUUCAUCAACCCUCGCCAGGCCUUUGGUCCCGACAAGGUCAUUCCUCCUUCGGUCCUCGCCAACGCCCAGGGCCUCGCCAUCCUCACCGUCCUCAAGGCCGGCUUCAUCGGCUCCGGUCGCUUCGGUAGCGGCCUCGUCGUCGCCCGGCUUCCCGAUGGCUCCUGGAGCGCUCCUAGUGCCAUCGCGACCGGCGGUGCCGGUGUCGGCGGCCAGAUCGGCUUCGAGUUGACUGAUUUUGUGUUCAUCCUCAACGACGCGGAGGCUGUCAAGACGUUUGCCCAGGCUGGAUCGCUGACUCUAGGUGGUAAUGUCUCUCUGGCCGCCGGACCUGUCGGUCGCAACGCCGAGGCUGCCGGUGCGGCGUCCCUGAGGAGCUUCUCCGGUAUCUUCAGUUACUCCAAGACCAAGGGUCUCUUCGCCGGCGUCUCCCUCGAGGGAUCCGCCAUCAUCGAGCGCCGCGAUGCCAACGAAAAGAUGUACGGUACCCGCUACACGGCCCAGCAACUGCUUACUGGCUCUGUGCGACCGCCGCCUCAAGCUGCGCCCCUCAUGAACAUCCUCAACUCGCGCGUCUUCAGCGGUAUGCGGGUCGGCGCUACCGGCGACGCCAUGUACAACGACGUGCCCGUAUACGACAACCAACACGACGACGUGGUGUGGAAUGGCCAACGGGGAUCGGCAUACGGCGAGGGACAGCACAACCGCGCGGGCUCGCAUGAUGACAGCUUUGGAAGGCCAAGUCGCUCCAACACAUGGCAGGACGACGUAUACGACCGACCUAGUGGUUUCGGCGCCCCCUCGAGAUCAAACACCUUUGCCGCGCGCGGCGGAGCCAGCGACGACUACGUCUACCGAGACAGCCCCGUUGGCGCAGAGAAGAAGACUGGCCCUGGACGACCCGCAGCUCCUAAGCCCAACUUUGCCGCCAAGCAAGCGAUGCUCAAGAAGAAUGAGGCUGUGGCCGUGUACAACUUUGACGCGGACCAGCCUGGUGACCUAGGCUUUAAGAAGGGCGAUGUCAUUACGAUUCUGAAGCGAACCGAGAGCGACAACGACUGGUGGACUGGCCAGAUUGGCACGAGAACGGGCAUCUUCCCGAGCAACUACGUCAAGAUGAAGGAGUAA